AUGGUAGCAUGUGUGCGGUACGACUUCAGGUACGCGGUGGACGACGCGGAGUCGGGCGUGGUGUCGGACCGGUGGGAGUCCCGCGUCGGCGAGUACGUGAAGGGCGCCUACAGCCUGCUGGGGCCCGACGGCAAGGUGCGCACCGUCGACUACGAGGUGGACGGCGACAACGGCUUCCACGCCGUCGUCCGCUCCCACCCGCCACCGAACUCGCUGCUGAGCAGCCAGCAGCUGUCGCGGACGCUGGAGGCGGCGCCGCUGCCGCCGGUCAACGUGCUCACCGACCGGAAGCUGCCCGCGGACAAGCGGCCCGCGCCCGGGAACUUCCACUCGGCGAAGCCCUACUACUACCUGGGUGAGUACCGGCCGUCCUAG